GAGCUACAGGAAGCCUCUCCUACUGGCCUUUAUAAGAGUUCAAACAAAUGCAACCUUGGAUGGAAAACAAACAUUAAUGAAAGCUGCUCGAUAUUUCUAUUGAAUGGAAUUUGCAGACGAUACGAGUUGAUUGUCUUGGCAAUAUCACAGCUGAGCUACAUCCCUAUAACGAAUACCAUGUUAUCGACGGCAUUCUACGAGCCUACUGAGCAUACAUGUGCAUUUCUUAAUGGUACGGGUGAUACAGCAAUCGAUUCGGAGGUUCUAACUGAGAUGAUUGACAUUGACUUCAAUUCUCUAUUAUUGGAUUGGGGUGAGGCUUGUCAACAGUCAGCAUUGACGGCUUUCAUGUCCACUAGCUUGAUGGCUGGAGCACUGACGGGCUCGUUUACAGCUGGAUGGCUUGCGGAUACUUAUGGGAGAUUGCCAGUGCUGAAAGGCUGUCUGUUGCUGGUUUGCAUGGUGAAUGGCGUGUUUUCCUUUGUCGCUACCGUAUCCUGGGCGUUGUCAGCUGCAUUCAUGUUUACACUUGGUGCAGGAUGUGGUGGAUAUAUGGCAAGUGUUCAGGUAACCAAUCUCGUUUUACUUGUGGAAUGUCUCGACCACCCUAGUUCAAGACUUCUGGGAGUGUCACUAAACGGAUGGAGUUUUUCUAUGGUCUUUGUAGCCCUGCUUGCUCGCUUUACUCAGCAUUGGUUCCUUUUUCACCUAUUCACGUCAGCGAUGGCUUUUGUGGCUUUUCUCGCUUUUCAGAUCUGGGUUGUUGAAAGCUGCCGCUGGCUAGCUAGCGUACAUCGUAGUGCUGAAGCUCGUUCGAUGGCCCUUCGAGUGGUGUCGCAUCGGUCUGAUGUAGUGGACUCCAUGAGAGAUUGGCAGUGGUGGGAGAUAUUAGGUUUCUCCGAACCGGCGUUGUCAGUUUCGAAUGCCAAAGUUUUGUCAGAGCGGUAUUCAUACGCAGAUCUUUUCAGACAUCCCUCAGUGUACAUUCCACUCUUUGCGUUGUGCUACUGUUUCGUUUCGUCUUCAGUAGUGUCUUUCGGGUUU